AUGAACUCGUUCCGCUUCGCCCGCGUGGCUCUCCGAGCUCGCCCCUCAGCUCUGCGAGUUCCCGCCCAGCGAAGAACCUACGCUGAGGCCGUCUCCGACAAGAUCAAGCUGAGCCUGUCCCUCCCUCACCAGACCAUCUACAAGUCCCAGGAGGUCGUUCAGGUCAACAUCCCCGCUGAGUCGGGCGAGAUGGGUGUUCUUGCCAACCACGUUCCCUCGAUCGAGCAGCUUAAGCCUGGUGUGGUUGAGGUUGUUGAGGAGAGCGGUGCUUCCAAGCAGUUCUUCCUUGCCGGUGGAUUCGCUACUGUUCAACCCAACUCUAUCAUGAGCGUCAACGCCCCUGAAGGUUACCCUAUCGAGGAUUUCAGCGCCGAUGCCGUCCGUGCCCAGAUCGCUGAGGCCCAGAAGGUCGCCAAUGGUAGUGGAAGCGAGCAGGAUAUUGCCGAGGCCAAGAUCGAGCUGGAGGUUCUCGAGACUCUGGCUGCCCAUGUCAAAUAA